CUUUUUUCGGGCUCUUUUUCAACAUUUUACAACUCAUAGGCGAGGAUGAUGGACUACCAUUCACUAGCUGCCAUGAUGACAUACAAAUGUAGACAUUUACUGAAGUAGCUAACACCAUGGAGAAUAUACCCCAAUGCAACCUAACAUUAUAUUGUGAAGGGUGAUGACAUCUAGAGUUUGUUGGCACAGCAGGAGAUAUACUUUUAAUGACUCCAACAAUGCAAAAAAGAUUCUUUCGUUUGAUAUAUUCCGCUGUCUGCACUGCAGGAAUAUAUGUGCUUCUCAGGAGUAUUUUAUUCAAAAAUCCUUCCAGCCAAAGAGAACAUCUAGUCACAGGGCCUGUCAGUAGCAGAAAUGCAAUACAUGUUACACAAUGGUUCAAUUCAGGCCAAAUAUCCAAGGGCCCAAUUAUUAAUUGUGCCGCCCUUAUUAAUGCAGAUAAAAAUGAACUAGAAAAAAGCAAAAAAUACAUGGACAGAUAUCCUGAAAGUAUGCAGUCAAAUCUUGAUUUUUUAGAAAUCCAUAAAAACUGUGGUGAUUUUACAAAAAAGAACGGGUAUUUUAUGGAGCCUUUGACCCUAGAAGAAAAAGAGUUUCCCAUCGCAUUUGGGAUUUUAAUGUACAAAGAUGUUGCGCAGACAGAAUUUUUAUUACGAACUAUAUAUCGUCCACAGAAUGUUUACUGCAUACAUUUGGAUCGGGAUUCUGCGCCCGAUGUCAAACAAGCGAUGCAAUCUCUCGUGCAAUGUUUUGAUAAUGUAUUUAUCGCCUCAAAGUUAGAACAGGUUGUUUAUGCUGGUUUCCCAAGACUCCAAGCAGAUGUAAAUUGUAUGGCAGAUUUACUUAAAUCUCGUAUACCUUGGAAAUAUUAUAUCAACUUAGCUAGCCAGGCAUUCCCUUUAAAGACAAAUGCAGAGAUUGUGAAGAUAUUAAAAAUAUACAAUGGGGCCAAUGACAUUGAAGGUAUUAUUGGAAAACGCAUACAUAAAUGGCGUUUUGAAAAAACUUGGGUUUUAAUUCCUAAUCCUAAAGGAGGGAAGCCAAGCCUACGCGCAGAUGAUGCCAAAAAAUCAUCGCCUCCACAUAACAUUGAAAUUGUAAGAGGAAGUGCAUAUGGGAUUUUCUCAAAGGGUUUUGUGAACUAUAUCGUCAACAAUGAGAUAGCUAAAGACUUACUGGAGUGGUCCAAAGAUACGUACAGCCCGGAUGAACAUUAUUGGGCUACGCUACAUCAUUUAAAGAAUAAUCCACAUCUAGAAACUCCAGGGGGAUAUAAAGGUACAGCAGAUGAGAAACCGUGGCUAGCUGUGUAUGCAUCUUGGGGCACUGUAGAUCCCUGCCAUGGGAAGUGGGCCCAUGGAGUCUGUAUAUUUGGUGUUGAGGAUCUUAACUAUCUCGUAGGAAAGAGACAUGAAUUGUUUGCCAAUAAAUUUUAUCGUAAUUACCAAUACCAUGCCAUUGAGUGUUUGGCGGAACACCUUUACAACAGAACAGUAGAGAAAGCUCCAUUUGAUACAAGUUUUUAUGAAAAACUGCCAUUCAUAAAGCCAUAGUGAUGCUCAAUAGAGCUUGAAUUAUUAAUGAUUCAUGCAUGUUUACACAGCUUACAUUCCAAAAUUCCAUUUUUAUGUUAUCACCAAAAGUGGUGACAUAUUGUAAUAGUCACCAAGAUUUUGUGAAUGGUGUUCGGCAGU